AGAAGGAAGGGGGCGGGGCGGCGGCGGAGGAGGAGGGCUGCGCUGGAGCGAAGUCCGAAGCAGAAGCGGUUGUGAGGGAGGAGGAGGCCGCCGCCACGUCCCCUUUUGAUCCGGGGGGCGCCUGCCAUGAAUGUGGACGUCGAGUUCCACAUCCGCCACAAUUACCCCUGGGCCCGCCUCCCCGCCAGCGUCAAGCAGGGUCUUGGAAACUCACAGCGAGAAUAUGAGAAGCAAGUUGUGUUGUAUAGUAUCCGCAAUCAGCUACGGUACCGGAAUAACUUAGUGAAGCAUGUCAAGAAAGAUGAGCGCAGAUACUAUGAAGAGCUGCUAAAGUACAGUAGAGAUCAUCUCAUGUUAUACCCAUACCACUUAUCUGACAUCAUGGUAAAAGGUUUAAGGAUAACACCUUUUUCAUAUUAUACAGGAAUAAUGGAGGAUAUAAUGAAUAGUGAAAAGAGCUAUGAUUCAUUGCCCAAUUUUACUGCUGCAGAUUGCCUAAGACUUCUUGGCAUAGGAAGAAACCAAUACAUCGAUUUAAUGAACCAGUGUAGAUCAUCCAAAAAAUUUUUCAGAAGGAAAACUGCCCGUGAUCUGCUCCCCCUGAAGCCAGUAGAGAUUGCUGUAGAGGCUUGGUGGGUGGUACAAGCUGGUUACAUUACAGAGGAUGACAUAAAGAUUUGCACUACCUCUGAAAAAACUGCUAUUGAUAAGAUCAUUGAUUCAGGUCCUCAGCUUGCUGGAUCUCUGGACUACAAUGUAGUUCACAGCUUGUAUAAUAAGGGGUUUAUUUACCUUGAUGUACCAAUAUCAGAUGACAGCUGCAUAGCAGUGCCUCCACUUGAAGGUUUUGUUAUGAACAGAGUUCAGGGUGAUUAUUUUGAAACUCUGCUAUACAAGAUAUUUGUUUCAAUUGAUGAACACACAAAUGUAGCAGAGCUUGCAAAUGUCCUCGAGAUAGAUCUGUCAUUAGUGAAGAAUGCCGUUUCCAUGUACUGUCGGUUAGGUUUUGCUCAUAAAAAGGGCCAAGUUAUCAAUCUGGAAAAUCUUCAUCCAUCAUGGCGGAAUGUUCCAUCUAUAAAUAGGCUGAAAACUACUUUGGACACGCAGAAGAUGCUGUUAUCCUGGGACAGUGGGGAAAGUAGGAGUCCUGUGCAGGAGGCUGGAUCGUCAGCUACAGAUACAGACACAAACAGUCAGGAUGACCAAGGUGAUACUGCCAGCGUGAGCAGCUUGAGUUUGUCAAGCGGACACACAAAGCGCAUAGCGUUCUUGUUUGAUUCAACCCUUACUGCAUUUUUAAUGAUGGGGAACCUCUCACCAAAUUUAAAAAGUCAUGCCGUCACCAUGUUUGAAGUUGGAAAACUAUCAGAUGAGUCGCUGGACAGUUUCCUUGUGGAGCUUGAAAAGGUCCAGAGCACAGGGGAGGGCGAAGCACAACGAUACUUUGAUCAUGCUCUGACACUGCGAAACACAAUACUUUUCCUGAGACACAACAAGGACCUGGUGGCUCAAGUUACUCAGCCUGAGCAGCCCAAUAAUGGUUUCCCUCUGGAUUUACUGCGCUGUGAGAGUUUGCUUGGCUUGGACCCUGCUACCUGCAGCCGGGUUUUGAACAAAAACUACACUCUCCUGGUCUCCAUGGCACCACUUACCAAUGAAAUCCGACCCAUCAGCAGUUGUACUCCCCAGCAUAUUGGGCCAGCCAUUCCAGAAGUUAGCUCAGUGUGGUUCAAGCUGUAUAUUUAUCAUAUUACUGGUCAAGGGCCUCCAUCCCUGUUGCUAUCUAAAGGAACAAGACUUCGAAAACUUCCAGAGAUCUUUCAGGGUUAUGACCGUUUAUUAAUAACAUCUUGGGGCCACGAUCCAGGAGUCGUCCCAACUUCAAAUGUACUUACCAUGCUGAACGAUGCAUUGACCCAUUCUGCUGUUCUGAUCCAGGGGCACGGUGUGCAUGGUAUGGGGGAGACUGUCCACAUGCCAUUUCCAUUUGAUGAAACAGAACAGCAAGGAGAUUUUUCUCGUCUCAACAUGGGUGUUCAUAAAGCACUGAAGGUACUAAGGGAAAAGAUGGAUUUGCAGCACUUCUGCGGCUAUGUCACCAUGUUGAAUCCUUUCAGUCACCAAAUAAACAGAAAGCCGAGUGAUGCUUCUGAUGGAAAAGGUGAGCCAGAGCUGGCCCUGGGCUCAGAUGUAAAUGGAAGCACAGAAUCAUUCGAAAUGGUCAUUGAAGAGCCAUCCAUUGACAAUGUGGCUAAACCAAGUCCAGAAGUUCCCACAACAGAACUGGAAUGGGUUCCCCUGGAAUUAUGCUUCGGAAUUCCACUUUUCAGCUCUGACCUAAACCGGAAGGUUUGCCGAAAAAUUGCAAGCCAUGGGCUGUGUAGCAGAGAGAGCCUACAAAAACUGUUACAUUCCAGUAGAAAACUUUCUCUACAGGUCCUUAGCUUUGUUCAUUCAUUCCAGGAAAGCAUUUCAACCAUGGAGUUACUUUCGGAGGUCAGUUUCUCUUCUACUGCAAGCAUACUUUCACAUCCGGCUUCUGCCGACGCAGGCGUUCCACUUCCUGCCAGGAAUCUAAUGUUCAAGGACGGUGUAUUAUCUGAAUGGAACGGACGUUCUCCUUCCUCUGUCCUUAUCGCGUCCAUGCCUCCGGAACACCUGAAAUAGCUUUGAAGGCUCACCGUGUCUUGUUCACAUCUUGCCUUUUUCCUCCUGGUCACUGACUGCACUCAAGUUCCCAGUGCCAAUCUUCUCAGAAGUGUAAUGCUACCACAGCAUGACCUCUGCAAUGAUAGUGUUAUUAAAGUGUGUAGUGUUGCACUAAAGUUGGGGGAGACACGUCCUACCUGUUGAUUUACUGCAUGUCCUCCCGCAACAUGAGGCUUCUUAGUUGUCAGCCUGUCUCUCUUUUUAAUCUCAAGACAAUCGGUCCUUUCUUUUGUAAUUGGAACACCCUUCGUAGGCAUUGUGAUGAUUGAAUUUCUAGGCUGCCGCAACAGAUAAAGGUAAUUUUAUACAUCUCUGAUGCAGACCUUAAACUUGCUUUCUUUUUGGUAAUGUAGCAUUUAAACAGUUUUUGACAUUAAAAAGGCACAAAAUGGUA